AUGUGGAUGUUAGAUGGUUGGGUGUGUGCUUUUCUUUUGGUGCUUUCAUGGUCUGUGGAGGUAACUGAUGCAAGUGGAGGCGAUGCUGAUCCCCGCUAUAGGGGUUGUGUAACACAAUGUCAGCAAACUGGAUGUGUUGGGGAAAUAUGCUUUUCAAACUGUAAAUUUUCUUCGGAUGGAGAAUUUAUUGAUCGCCCAUGGUACAUGCAGCAAGGACCACUCUAUUUACAAUGGAAAAAAUGGGAUUGUCAAUGUGACUGUCGGUACUACUGCAUGGUUGAUAGAGAGAAAGAAAGGGAGUCACAUAACCUUGGCCCUGUCAAAUAUCAUGGCAAAUGGCCAUUCAGGCGUUUAUAUGGGAUGCAGGAGCCUGCUUCUGUGGCUUUUUCUGCUCUCAAUCUUGCAAUGCAUUUUCAUGGUUGGGUCUCCUUUUUCAUUCUUAUAUACUAUAAAUUGCCUCUGAAAGAUGGAAAGAAGGCAUAUUAUGAGUAUGCUGGUUUGUGGCAUGCUUAUGGGCUCUUAUCACUGAACUCCUGGUUCUGGAGUGCAGUUUUCCACAGUCGAGACGUUGAUCUAACAGAGAAACUAGACUACUCAUCUGCAGUGGUUCUCCUUGGAUACUCCCUCAUUUUAGCCAUCUUACGAACCUUCAGUGUUAGGGAUGAGGCUACCAGAGUUAUGGUUGCUGCUCCAUUGAUUGCUUUUGUGACAACCCACGUAAUGUACAUCAACUUCUAUUUACUAGAUUACGGAUGGAAUAUGAUAGUUUGCAUAGUGAUGGCGGUGGCACAACUUUCCAUGUGGGCAGUUUGGGCUGGUUCUAGUAAGCAUCCUUCGCGUUGGAAGCUAUGGUUUGUUGUUUUUGCUGGUAGCCUUGCAAUGCUCCUAGAAAUCUAUGAUUUCCCUCCAUAUGUUGGACUUUUUGAUGCACAUGCUAUUUGGCAUGCCACCACUAUUCCUCUAACCUACAUUUGGUGGAGUUUCAUCAGAGAUGAUGCUGUGUUUCGAACCUCAAAUCUUGUCAAGAAGGCCACGUAA